UUCCACCGCAUCGCCUCCCCCGGUGUCACCCUGCGCGCUGCUCCCCGCGGCACCCGCGCGCCCCGCACCAAAAAGUGCUCCUGGCCCGACUACUUCCCGGUGUCCUUGGCAAGGGAGUUUAGAGGCCACUUUUGUGGGCAAGGAAAACGAGCCUGCUGUGGAUCCUCCUAGAAUACCUGUCUGGUGCUGCGUGGAUCUGAUCCUCAAAACUACCUCAUUCUGGCCCUGGUGGGAAGACUCCAGUGUAGUGAGCUGACUACAGACCCUGCCUUCUCUGUGUCCCCAAAACCAGAGACAUGACCUGACAUCCUGAUGACUUCCCUCAGGGCCUUUGGCUGACUGGCCAGUGCACCAUGGAACUUAAAGUAUGGGUGGAUGGAGUCCAGAGGAUCGUUUGUGGGGUCACCGAAGUCACAACUUGCCAGGAGGUCGUAAUAGCCUUGGCCCAAGCUAUAGGUCGAACUGGAAGGUACACCCUUAUAGAAAAAUGGAGAGAUACUGAAAGACACUUAGCACCUCAUGAAAAUCCUAUCAUCUCCUUAAACAAAUGGGGGCAGUAUGCCAGCGAUGUACAGCUCAUUCUUCGUCGAACGGGGCCAUCUCUCAGUGAGCGGCCCACUUCAGAUAGUGUGGCUCGGAUCCCUGAAAGAACUUUAUACAGGCAGAGUCUGCCCCCCUUAGCCAAGCUGAGGCCUCAGGUGGACAAGUCAAUCAAAAGGAGAGAACCCAAGAGGAAAUCAUUGACCUUCACAGGAGGUGCCAAAGGGCUAAUAGACAUUUUUGGAAAAGGCAAAGAAACUGAAUUUAAGCAAAAGAUGUUGAAUAACUGCAAAACCACAGCAGAUGAGUUGAAGAAACUGAUCCAUUUGCAGACAGAGAAGCUUCAAUCCAUUGAGAAGCAGUUGGAGUCUAAUGAAAUAGAAAUACGAUUUUGGGAGCAAAAAUAUAAUUCUAACAUUGAAGAAGAAAUCGUCCGCCUGGAGCAAAAGAUCAAAAGAAAUGAUGUAGAAAUUGAGGAGGAGGAAUUUUGGGAAAAUGAAUUACAGAUUGAACAAGAAAAUGAAAAGCAGCUGAAGGAUCAACUUCAAGAAAUAAGACAGAAAAUCACAGAAUGUGAAAGCAAAUUAAAAGACUAUCUGGCACAAAUCCAGACCAUGGAAAGUAGCCUGGAAGCAGAAAAACUGCAGCGGGAAGUUCAGGAGGCACAAGUCAAUGAGGAAGAGGUUAAAGGAAAGAUCAGGAAGGUCAAGGGGGAAAUCGACGUUCAAGGCCAGCAGAGCCUGAGGCUGGAAAAUGGCAUUAAAGCCGUGGAAAGAUCACUUGGGCAGGCCACCAAGAGGUUACAGGACAAAGAACAAGAACUGGAGCAGUUGACCAAAGAGCUGCGGCAAGUCAAUCUCCAGCAAUUUAUCCAGCAAACAGGAACAAAAGUCACUGUCCUGCCAGCAGACCCCAUUGAAAUAGAGGCUUCUCAGGCAGACAUAGAAAGGGAGGCACCAUUCCAGUCCGGGUCCCUGAAGCGACCUGGUUCAUCUCGGCAGCUCCCCAGUAAUCUUCGUAUUCUACAGAACCCUAUCUCAUCUGGUUUUAAUCCUGAAGGCAUAUAUGUAUAACAUUAUCUAUCUUGAGGGGAGAGAUCCAAUAAAGUUACUAAGGACAGUAACGUUGUUUCUUCGAUUUGUGCCAAUGACAGAGGAUAUAUUUCACAAGCCACCAUAUCUUUUUUUUCUCUCCUAAAUUAUAUACCACUUGGAGCCAUACCCUGUGCACUGAUGCUAAAGAACAAAGAAACUGUUUCCACACAUCAACAGUAUUGAUAUUUUUGUCCAGCAGCUGUAAUGCAAAGCCUUCAUUUUUAUUUGUAGCAUUUUGAGAUCAUUAGGAAAGUAUUAUACUAUGUGUGUACAUAAUAAACCAUGAAUUAAGAGUAAAGAGAAUUAUGUGACUGGCUUAGUUUAAUUUAUUCCAUGUAAUUGAUUAUUGUGUGAAUGUUGAUGUUUUAAUAUUUUUUGUUACUACUUAUCCUGUGACUUAAUUAUGUUACAUAUUGUGCGAUCAUGACUUAGUGUGCACAUUGCCAGACUCCAACCAUGCAUUGCUAAUUUACCACUGAACAAGUGUGAGGUGCUCCACUACCCACACUAAUUCCAGAAGAACCCACUGCAUUUCAUUUAUGAACCUGUCCUAGCCAUUGCUUUCUUAGAUACAAUAAUUGAGAUUUCUUUUUAAUGUGGAAUUUAAUCUUUCUUUACAGUAUUUUCAAAUAUAUGAGUGACCACAUAACAAAUACUUUUCAUGACUUAAAUUGUUCAUAUAAAAGGUUUUCAGUCUUUCAUAUACUGUUGAACAAAACUAUAAUUGCUGAGUAUCUGUCCAAAUGGGCAUAGGGUUUUCUGUUACACUAUAUGAUUUGUUUAAGCCCUGCCUUAGCAUUUAUUGCCAUGAAUCCUCAGAAUUAAUGUGAUACAUAAAUUAUAGCUAUCUGAGGAUCAGAUUGGUAUACUUUGGGAUGCCAAUGAUAUACCAAUGCUAUUCUUUAAAUUUUUAUUCAUACUUGUUUGCAGUACAUAAUGAUUAUAUUCAUCUUAGGGGCUAUAUUUUAAAAUAACCCAUUUAAUAAGUAUGGUCUGUUGGUAUACACACUCAUUGGUAAUUUAUUCCUUGCACAUAAUUUAUGCUUUUAUGGACUAUUGUGCUUUUUCCAGUCACCUAGAGGGAGAAGAGAUUGGAGUUAGAUACAUUUUUACUGAGGAAAUUAAAUUCAGAGUAUGUUUUCCUUUUUAGGUUUGACUUUUAUAGGAUAUUAAUCUCCAUUUGUACAUGUGUUGUUUUAUUUAUAAAACCAAAAUGAAUCAACACCUCUCCCGUGAGUGGUAACUUAACUAAGAUUCACAAGUAAUAUUUAGACGGAUACUGUCAGACACCUCAUAGCCAGUUUUACAUUCCCUCUCAACAAAUUUCGUACUAUGUAAUUAACACUUUGAAAUUUGAGGUAGUUUAUCAUUCUGAAGAAAAGAUAUUCUUUGUAUUAUUUACAUGCAACAAAAUAAAAGUGGAUUAAUGUAGUAAUGCUAUGGUAGCGAUAAAGAGAUAUGUUUUAUGCAUGAAGGCAACUUUGGAUGUUUCAGCAUAUUUGACUUAUUUUUGGUUUAAUGAAUGCUGAUAAUGGCUGCUUAGGUUUCCUAUGAGAAACUUUAAGAAUGGCUAUGAAAAUAUGUAGAAGCUUCUAGAGAACUGAAAGCAAUGCAGUGCUACCUUCUCUAGUCCAGGUACAUAAUAGACCUCCACUGAAAAUAUUUUCUUUGUAUUCCUGGAAUUAUCAAAUUGAUCUUGCCAUUAUACUAUUUUCCAGAUACUUGAGAAAUAUUAAAUGAUUCUUGCCUACAUAACCACAGCCUGUGCACAUUUGCUGUCAAUUUAUAACAGUUAUUUCAUAUCUACAUAUAUUUAAAAUUAGGAUAUUUAAAAAUCAAAAUAAUUUGUACCUUUUGUGAUAGUAAUGAUUUAUGUAUGCCCAAUAUAUGCCUUAUUGCUAAAGCAUCCCAUCCUAUACUGAGUGAUUUUGUUGUUGUUCAGAGAAAUUGAGACUUCAUUUACAAAGAAAACCAUUUUAUAAAUUGUAUUUUAUUUAAAUGAAAGUGCUGAACUAUAGGUAUGUUAAACUUUGUGAUUAACUACAAAGAUGCCUUGGUGUACCAUGAAAAACACAGUGUCAGUAUCAUUACUUAUUAUAACUUAUUAUCAAAAUUUACAUAAUAACUUUAAAGAAAAACAGGUAACACUCCAUCAACUUGUAGUCAGGGUUCUCCAGCAGUCUGACAGUUCACCCCUCUGACAACUUCACAGGAUUUUCAAGCUGGCGAAUAAUCUUCAUGGACCUAAUUACACAUAGAAAUACUACUUCCUAGAUGGAAAGAAUAUAUUAAUGUGAAUUAAUGAAUACAUUGAGCAGCUGUACUUUUUAAUCAAUUAUAUUACUUUUCGAAGCACAUAGCCAAGAAUAUUUUUUAAAUCUGUUUCCAAAAUAGAAAAAUUCAUUUCCAUAGGAACAUCUUAAAAUAUUUUAGUCUCUUUGUGAUCAUUUUUACCUAUUGUGAAUACAAAUAAGUUGGAUUAAGUCUACAUCUUUGGAUACAUUUUGGAGGGGGGAGCGGGCACUAGUAUACAAAAAUACCAAAUACAAAAUUUUGCAAUGGGGGGAAUAUUCAGCUUCUAAAUAAUAAAUUACAAAUUUGUGUGGUUUUUUUUAAUCAGCAAUUUUCUACAAUAUUAUAUAUACUAAAACUAGUUUUGUUCCCUUUUUUAACAAGGAAUAAUCUGAAAUAACAUUGGUCUGUUUGAACUUUUGAGGAUCAUCAUCCUCAGAGAUGAUUACCUUGUUGUUUUUUUUUCCUUUAUAACAUAUUUUGGUUUGUUUCCAUUUCUUUUUGUCUUAAUGCACAGAAUAAUUUUUAUAUGUGAGGCUUCAAUUUUAUCAAUAGAAGUUACCCUCUUAAUUCCCAUCAAUUCCUAUAGUUGAAAUUAGUCAUAAACAAGAGCUAAAAUAAGAGUGAUGGAGUAAAGAAUAUAUAUAAUACUAUAAAAUAUAUAAUAGAAUUUGUGGUAUGAUAUGUGAAUUAUAGCAAUGUAUGAGAAGAGUAAGUGAGCCCUUGCUUCCACAAUAAAAACAAAAUACACUUCUGCGUUAAAAGACAGCUUUCUUUGUGAAUAAGAGCAAAAUGGUCUUCACAGGAAAUAACUUCAUUUGAAGCCAUUUCUGUGAACCCCUUUCCAAGUUAGGACUGUAAUAGAUGGAGGAAAUAAUUUGAAAAAGGCAAAAACUUGAUUUUAGACCUGAAAAGGGUGUGGGAACAUGAGCAGGUAUUGUUGUACAUUGCCUUUGAGAAACUGGGCCUUAAUUUAUAUGUAUAUAAUGACGGCUGUGUUCCUCUCUUCUACCUUAAAUUGUAUUAGUCUAUAUUUAGCUCAUAAGUAUUACUUUUAUAUUCUGUCAGUUUUUUAAGUUGCAUGGUUAUGCUGUUUGCUACAGUGUUUUUGAGUUCCAAGUGAAGGCUGUCAGCUGUAUCAAAAAGUCACAAUAAUCACUAUUUAUUCAGUCUUGCUGCUUUACAUUUCCCAGUCAAGCUUUUGUUGCCAGGACAGUGACUGCUGAAAGCUGCAGGAGCUCUUUCCAAUGCAUUUUAUAUAUUUUUGGAAACCAAAUAAAUGCAAAUAACUAUUUAGUAUAUAAUUAUAAUAAACCAGCAGAAAUAUAAAGGCAAUAAAGUAUAUGCAUAUAUAUGAGGGGAGGGGAAAGAUGAAAAAUAUAGAUUUACAGCCAGACAUGGUAGUAGCCCUAAAUGAAUUUCUCAGUGUCUUUCUUCAUUCACCCUAGGAGGAUUUGAGUUGCUGCAGCUUUAAACAGAAAAUUACCACAUUCACUAAUUGUGGGCCAUAAGUAUGCUUUUAGUAGUGCUUUGCUUAUGUACAAAGGAAAGAUCUAUAAUAUGUAUUAUAUGUAAUUAUUUUAUUUUGACUUUCAUUUCAAAAUGUAUAUUUUCUGAUUAUUAUCAUGAGCUGUAAAGCAAAAGAUCAAUAUCUGAUAUUCUCCCAAAUAAAUUUUCAGGAUUCAUUGGGCA